AUGAGCCAUCCAAAACACUUCAUGUAUACCAGUGGAGAGACUGAUCCGGUGUGGAUCCAUCACCUGCCUUACAAGAACAUUCCCAAGUUCCCCAAGCUUGACAAGGACCUCGAGACAGACGUCUGCAUUGUUGGCGCUGGUAUCUCUGGCGUCUCAGUGGCCUACGAGCUAGUAACUCGUGGGCUAAACGUCGUCUUGAUCGAGGGCCGUGAGGUACUGUCAGGUGAAACUGGACGUACGAGCGGUCAUCUCGCCAAUGAUCUUGACGAUGGCUACACGGCGAUCGCGAAGAAGCACGGAGACAAGGGCGCAAAAGCUGCUGCAGAAUCGCAUACUUGGGCGUUGAACCGCGUCGGGGAGAUCUCAAAGAAGCUGGGCAUUGAGUGCGAGUACCGCCAUCUCCCCGGCUACGACUUCUCUCAAUACCCAAAGGACUCGAAAGACCAUGCGAGCGACAUCAAGGAAUUGAUCGAGGACGGCAACAAGGCGAAGGAGCUUGGCAUUGUAACGGAAUACAAGGAGGGGUUCAAGCUCAAGGGCUGGGAGGGCAGCAUCGACCAGAGCGACGCUGUCAUCUACCCUCAACAGGCGACGUUCCACCCCACUAAGUACGUCGUCGGUGUUCUCGACUUCCUCAAGCAGCAGCCCAACUUCUCGUGUUACACAAACACUCGAUGCAUUGAUGUGCAAGAGAAGGGUAUAGAGAUCAUGGGCCUGGGCCACAAAGACGUAUACGUUAAGACCGCCGACGGAAACACGAUCAAGUGUGCCGACGCUGUCGAAGCAACCUGCGUUCCACUACAGAAGCUAUCCGUCAUCGCCGAGGAGGAGUACUACCGCACCUACUGCAUCGCCAUCCGCGUACCCAAGGGCUCAGUCGAAGACGCCCUCUUCUACGAUUCGGCCGAAAUCUACAAGUACGUCCGCCUCACUGAGUGCGACUCAAACGACGACUAUAUGGUGGUAGGGGGCGGGGACCACAAAGUCGGCCAAGCUGACACUGUCGCACCCCUCAAAGAACUCGAAGAAUGGACCCGCGCCCGCUUCCCGCAAGCUACCACAAUCGACUACAAGUGGAGCGGUCAGGUCUUCGAGCCAGUCGAUCACAUGGCCUUCAUCGGCAAGAACCAAGGCAACAAACAUAUCUACAUAAUCACCGGUGACUCGGGCAACGGUCUCACUCAUGGCGUCCUGGCGGGUAAACUUAUCGCGGAUUCCAUCACUGAGCAACCCAACGACUGGAUCUCGGCUUACGAUCCCAAGCGUCUUGCUUCCAUUGCAAAAUCUGCUACCAGUAUGAUAAGCCACGACCUGCAAAUCAACGCACAGUACAAGCGCUUCGCCCAGUCGGAUAUCAAGGAUAUCGAAGAUCUUGUACCUGGCGAGGGUGGUGUUCUCAACACUAAUCCUACGAAGCCUCUGGCUGUAUACAAAGAUGAGGGCGGUCAGAUACACAAAUUCUCAGCGCUGUGCCCGCAUCUUAAGGGUGUGGUAUGCUGGAACACUACUGAAAAGAGUUGGGAUUGCCCAGUGCAUGGAUCAAGGUUUAGCAAGGACGGCGUGCAGCUUUGUGGACCGUCGAAGAUGGGUCUGGAGCCUGCGGAUGAGAGUGGGAAGAUGAUGCAGGAAAAGGCUCUGAAGGUCUAA